AUGGCCCAGAGACACAUUUUUUCUCUCAACUCUACACUGAGUGCAGCAAAUGAGACCAUUGUGGAUAGUCAAGUCGGCACUGCUAUGGGUGCCCUCAUCUUAGGCCUCGUCUUCCUCUUGGGCUUCCCUGGAAACCUUUUCAUCAUCUGGAGUAUCCUGGCGCGUGCCCGAAAGCAGUCCAUCACCACCCUCCUCAUCCUCAACCUAGCUAUUGCCGAUGGCUCCCUGAUGGCUCUGACCCCGUUCUUCAUCAUCUACCUGGUUAUGAAGAAGUGGGUGUUUGGGAAUGUGAUGUGCAAGAUCAUCUUUUACCUCUGCCUGGUCAAUAUGUACGCCUCCAUCCAGCUCAUCAUGCUGAUGAGCGUCUACAGGCUGGUGGCAGUGCUGUGGCCGCAGCGCGUCAGUGCCAUCACGGGCCAGAGGACUGUCUUGCGGAUGCUGGCGGUGGUGUGGGUGGUUGUGAUGGUCGCCUCUGUUCCUGCAAUUAUCUUCAGAAGUGUAAGGAUGACUGAUGGUCGCGGGGUGUGCGAUUCAUUCCAUGAUGAAGACAGCCAUGUGGUAAUCCAGUAUACACUGGAACUCAUGGUGGGGUUUUUAAUUCCCUAUGGGAUCAUUGUAUUUAGUUACAUCUGCAUCUUACGGAAGAUCCGGCAGACCAAGUUCCGCCGUCGCAUCCGUAGUGAGAAGCUCAUCCUAGCCAUCGUGGUGACCUUCUGCAUCUUUUGGUUACCCUACCACGUCAUCAACAUGGUGCAAGUUACAUGGGCUUUGUGUCCACCUGGUAAACCAAAAGAAUUACUGGGUAAUAUAUGGCGCAGGAGCCGUGCCGUCACCUCGUCCCUGGCGUUCAUGAGCAGCUCUGCAAACCCGGUGCUCUACUUCUUUGCUGGCAAGUCCUACAUUCGGCGAGAAGGGCUGGCGUUCAUGGCCCGCUUGUUUGAGGGCACAGGGCUGGAGUCCGCCACCCGGAAGAGUCGACAGAACAGCCAGAACAGUCGUGACAAAGACAAAGACGCGGAUGCCGUCAUGCUAAAAGACAAAGAUCAGGACUCUGUUACCAACUCGAGCUCUAAUGUCAAACCUGUGAAGAAUGGUAAAUAG